UUUUUUCAGGUGUCAAGUGCCCUGGAUGUGGUCAAAACCGUUGUGAUGCAGCAGAUUGCCGCCACCAAAGACGCUGUCCAGAAAAUUGUGGACAAUCGGAUGGCGAGGGUGGAACCAGUGUCACAGAUUCCAGUGGCGCAGAUUCGAAUGGUACAGGUUUCACAGGAACCUCUGAUCCUGGAACCUGUGACACCGGAAUCUGUGCCACUGGAACCUGUUCCAUUCAAACAGAACAUACGUCCACAGCCGAAAGAUGAUCCGCACAGGAUAUCAAUGAGAAAAAAGCACAUUUGCGUUUUUUUCGAGCACCAUAGGGAUUGCGUGUACCGGACAAUCCCCACGUGCACGAAGUGCAAUAUUGAAUGGCCAAAAGGCGAAAAGGGAAUGAGGAACCACGGAAGAUUUUGCAAGGAGGAUGAUCCUGUGAUAAACGUCAUAAGGCAGAAGCGGGCAAAGUUGGUCGGGUCAGCGGAGCGACUCAACGGAUUGGGUGAAUUCGCCAAAAAUGCCCAGUUAAUCCUCCUCCGGCGUUUAUCCAGAUUAGUAUGAAAUCUAAUUUGAAUUAAGUAUAAAAUUAAUAUUUGGCACAGUUGU